AUGCCUAAACUUUCGGACAAGAAACUGUGUGCUGAUGGAGAAUGCAGUCAUCCUAUUCUGAUAGCCCGAGCACUUCAGGAUUACUACCCUGGGGAUUGCAGAUUCAUCCCGAUCAGACAAGGCCAGCUUGUUUAUGUAUAUGCCAUGCUGAAAGACAGAGGAAACCUUUUCUGGGCUGGGAGUGUGCAAGAUUCCUAUUAUGGCCAGCAGGAGGCGCGCAUUGGCCAUUUUCCCAGCAGUGUGGUGGAGGAAACUCAUGCCCUGAUGCCAGCCACAACUGAGGUCAAGACUACAAAAUGGGACUUCUACUGUUACUGA